UUGUACUGUAAUGAAAUGAAAUGUUAUACUACCUGUGGAGCAAAGCGGAAUGCAACUACUCGCUCCAACCCGGAAGUGCGUAUCGUAGAGGGAGAGGCAAUAGAAGUGUUGUUUCUUGUAUUAUUGUCUUUUGUGUCUUUAGAGGACUGCUUCACCUUAAUGUCCCUUUUCCCCCCUUUCCCUUUUCUUCUGUCCUUAUUUUGUCCCACUUUGUCCCUUUGUCCCUUCUUCUCUUCUGCCAACUAGACACUCCUUGUUAGCUAGCUAGCUUCUUCCAGGAAUGUCCCUAGCAACUGCCUAGCAACAGGUAAACAACUUAGCUAGCUAAGAAAACGAUAUAAUUUUAUGAAAAAAUUAAUAAUAUAUUAUAAUUUUAUGAAAAAAAAUGGAGAAAAAAAAGAAAAAAAAUGCCAUAUCUUGAGGAAAUUGCGCAGUUCUGCCUGCAGGGCAAUAUUCAUGACAAACUUCAAGCUGCGACUGGGAGAGGGAAUGUAAAACCGAUAACGAAAUUGUUUUGACAAUUAACAUACAUUUUAUUAUGAAAAGUACAAUAUAUCCAUGUACACAUCAGAUAGCUGCUCUUUCUCUGCUACCUCAUUCAAUUUCUCUAAUUCUCCAGUUUAGUAUUCCCUGGUUAUGUUCCAAUUCUCCCUCUAUUUCCUCACCUCUUCCUCAGACUCUUCUUUUCCUCUUUCUUGUCUUUACUUUCUCCAUCAUUUUCCAUCUGUUGCAUCUUACUGGCCUUCUCUUGCUUCACAAGUUUUUUGGCUUUGCCCUUCUUUUUCUUAUUGACCUUCCCUUCCUGAAUAUUUUGGACAAGGAGAUAAAGUUUGUAAGCUUAUGGGUUUUCUCUUGAGCUACUAUAUCUAGAGCUAUACUAUACCGUAGAAGGACAUAUUCCCUUCUUGUAUUUCCUCUCACCUGUGUAGGCCACUCCUGCCAUUUCCUGGAGCUGCUUCCUGCCGGUCUUGCUCAGGUUGGUGAUAGGGGCCAAGCGAGGCAUGUGGCGGUAUGGGAAGUUCUAUAGUGCUGAGGUCACAAGAGGAGAGUGGCCAGACACAGGACCAGAGACCUUCCCUGGGCUUUGUAGGACCAGAAAGUAAAGUCAAAUAUCAGGAAAAUGCUAUGUUAAAAACAAUCUGUAGAUAUACUUUAUAACUAAACUAUACACAUUGCAGAUACCUGACUACACUCAAUAAGUAGGAGUAACUUACAAAGCUCUGGACAUUGUUAUGUUUUUCAGACUUGAGCCUGUUCUCGGCUAUACUGAUCUGCAUUUCUUCCAUGCUGUCUAUAAUUUCAGCCAUCUCCAGUGCAUUUCUUGAAUACCACUCUCUGAAACUGGAAACACUUAUCUCCCUCACUAGCUUUAAGCACCAGCUGUCAGAGCAGCUCACAGAUUACUGCACCUGUACAUAGCCCAUCUAUAAUUUAGCCCAAACAACUACCUCUCCCCCUACUGUAUUUAUUUUGCUCCUUUGUACCCCAUUAUUUCUAUCUCUACUCUGCACAUUCUUCCACUGCAAAUCUACCAUUCCAGUGUUUAACUUGGUAUAUUGUAUUUACUUCGCCACCAUGGCCUUUUUUUUGCCUUUACCUCCCUUAUCUCACCUCAUUUGCUCACAUUGUAUAUAGACUUAUUUUUCUACUGUAUUAUUGACUGUAUGCUUGUUUUACUCCAUGCGUAACUCUGUGUUGUUGUAUGUGUCGAACUGCUUUGCUUUAUCUUGGCCAGGUCGCAAUUGUAAAUGAGAACUUGUUUUUAACUUGCCUAACUGGUAAAAUAAAGGUGAAAUAUAUAUAUUUUUUAAAUCCAUGUGUAACUCUGUGUUGUUGUAUGUGUCAAACUGCUUUGCUUUAUCUUGGCCAGGUCACAGUUUUAAAUGAGAACUUGUUCUCAACUAGCUUACCUGGUUAAAUUAAGGUGAAAAACUGUUGUUGUUUUUUUUAAAUCAGAAGUGUCCACUUUAUUUGAGGGCUGAGGGGAGAAGGUGUGUAUUUUAAGUGUUUGGGAAUGCAGCCCUAGUGUGUUGUAUUGGGGUUGUGCCACAGAGCAUUAUGGGGGUUCUAUGUGUUGAGAAAUGUAGUGACGUUGGAUAUAGAUUAAAAGUGAAGAAUGAUGGUUGAGCUUUUUUUAUUUUUAUUAUUCAAUUCAAAUUCGUUUUUUCAAAUUACAGGAGAGCGAGGAGGUAUAUUACACAUAGUUUUCCUGGUGUUAGAACUUUAUUUUUGUUUGCAGUUAGCAAGGCAAAUUUAAAUAAAUUACACGAACUCCAGUAGCUAGCUAACUAGCGUUACCAGCGCGAGUGUGCAUUUAUCUCCUCCAGAACGGUAGAAUGGCCAAAGCUGUCGAAAAUGUUGUGGAUUUUUUGGGUUGAAGAACCAUUUUCAUUCUCUGGGGUACACGGAAAAGGUGCGAAUUAAAAGCGAGGGUCGACCUCUGCUUGAGAUCAGUUUCAUGAAGAAGGUGAGGGCGUUCAAUACUAACAGGUAUCAAAAAUAUAACUGGUUAAGCACAUCACGUUCGUUAUUGAGCUACAACCAGUGAGAAGAUGAUGCCACCAGUCCGGCUCCAAACAGGCCUUUUUCUUGUGACGUAUUAUGCGCAGUCAUAAAGCUGUGACCUAAAAUGACGUCAUUUUAUUAAUAAAUUAAAUUAAUCACUACUAUUAAUCACUACACUAAUCACAAUAAAUUAAUCACUACAUAAACUGUUCAGAUUGAUUUAAUCUGUACAAUAGUUUUCUUCACUCAGGUUGUUGCAGGUAAUCUUUGGCCUUUUGGGGCACCUCCUUCCCAACAUAAAUAUACAUAUAUAGGGAAUAGGGUGCCAUUUGGGAUGCCAUCUUUGUGUGUGUGAGUCAGGAUGUGUUUUGUGUCAAUUAAUUGAUGGAAAUGUUUCCCUCAGAAAGAAAGAUGGAUCGUAAUGAUGAGAGAAUAAAAAGAGCUUUAAGACGCCGCCCUUAUGUGUUGAAACCAGUGAGGGUGAACAGCCCUGAUUCCGUGUUGUGGCCAACCGGCAAGGUGCACAGAAGGCCAAAGCCUUCUACUUCAGUGCAGAGCCCUCAGAUACACAAAAGGCCUCCAAUCAUUGUGAGCUAUGGGCAGGACCAAACAUCUGGGGAAGGAUGGAGCGUCAAUCCAGAGCCUCUCAGCCAGUCUGGAAGGGUGACUCGGCUGAUAGAGAGAAAAAAUGAUGACGUGAUCUCAUCCUCCAGUUCUGAUGACUUUUCCAUCUACUCCUUCACUGACUGUGAAUCGGAGUGUGAUGAUGAGGAUCGUGAAAGGAGGACACCACCUCUGAAAGUUGAGAAUGGAGAAGUGACAAAGCUUGACGUGAGGGAUAUGGACGAGGAUGAUGAUCUGUCUCUCCACUCCUUCGAUGAGUCAGACUUCCUGAGCCCAGGGAAGGUCUCAGGUCCUGUAUCUGUCAAGAAUGGCCUCUCUCCUCUUGUGACCUCAGCACCCCGGACACUGGCUGAAGCCCUACGGGCCCUGCCCUCUGCUGUAGGCUCUCCCUACCCAGUAAAUGUCCCAAGGCCUCUGACUCCUCUCAGCCCUGUCAUUAUCGCUCUGCCCCGAACAGAGAACUUCCCAUACCGCCACAGCCCUCGCCUGGCUCCCAUCACCAACCUGAGCGAGACCGGCAGGAAGCUGCUCCAGGAAAUGGCUGGAGUGGCCCCACAGGAAGGGAAGGUCAAUAAGAAAAAGAAGGGCAAGGCCAAAAAAGUAGUAAAACAAGAGAAGGCCAGUAAGAUACAACAGAUGGGAAAUGUUGGAGAAAGUAAGGAGGAGGACAAGAAAGAGGAAAAGAAGAGUCUGAGGAAGAGGUUUCUUCAGUGGCUGCUGCCCAAACUGAGAUGUUCAAAGAAAUAAUGGCCAACUACUGUUUCUAACACACACACACACACACACACACACACACACACACACACACACACACACACACACACACACACACACACACACACACACACAGACACACACACAGACACACACACAGAUUUUGAGUAUUGGUUACUCCUACAACACACACAAAUGUAAUUUCAGAGACAGGAACUAUGAUUAGCAAAAUACAUAUUGGUCUCAUUCUUAUCUUUUGAGACAUGCAGCAUUAUUAACAAAACAAAAAUGAUAUUGAUCCCCAUACAGCCUAUGAUAAUGAGUUGGAUUUACAUGUUUAGGCUUGGAAAUAUAGCCAGGAGAAGCAGGGUCAACACCUCUACUCAUGCCAUAAGUGGCAUGACAUCUUUAUUAACCACAGAGAGAUAAGACCUCUGUCUUCACAGUCUCCUCCAAAGGACAGCACCAACCUUAGAGCAGUGUCACUGGUAUUGGGGUCUUAGGUCUCCUUUGGCCAAAGUGAAGAGGUGAGGGCCCCUUACUGGUCUCCUUGCAAUAUCUGGUCUCCCACACAGAGAUGGAAAUCUACACCUGUUUAGACCCUGGAGGAUAUGGCUUCAGAUGAGAGAUGCAGAACGUAAAAGCUUCAAACACAUUGAUAUGCAAAUUCAGAACCAUUGUACACUGAAGUGGAGCAUGCAUCUGGUCUGAAGCAUGUCAAAAGAGUGCAAAUGAACUGGGACUGGAGGACUGGAUCACAUUUUAACUAAAUUAGCAUGUAUCUGAUGUAGCUACACUUAUCUGUACUUGAAUUGUGCUGUUUGAAACGUGCAUUUCCAAUAAAGCUUUUUAAA